CGGUUUUAAAGUAAUUUUUUCUUUAUUUUUUUUACAAAAACGUGGAUGACUAAUUUUUUGUAUUUUGUUCAUUUUUAGAUAUACAAAACUUUUGUUUUUGUCUUCUUCUCUUACCUUCUUCAACUUUUGAUUAUUCUCCAAAUAUUUCAUAACACUGACAACUCUUAUGCUCCUCCUUUUCCGUUUGUUUCCUCUCCUCCACUAAUUCAGUAAAUCGUCUUGUACAAUUCUUCUACAUUUUUAGAUCUACAAAUUAAUUAUUUUCUAAUUAUUCUCUCUUCUGUGUGGCUUAGAACUUGGCUCAGGUUGAGGAAACGAAGGACUGAAAGGGAACCAGAGAAGGAAGAACCGGGUAUGAGAGGUGGAGGUAUGGGUAAACGGCAUGAGAGGUGGAGACAUGACGGUGUCGACGGUGAAGGAGGCGAAGGAGGUGGAUAGGAAAGCGGCAGCGGUGGUGUUGGAGAUAACAGAGGAAGAAGAGGAUGCGGCAGAGGUGGUGUUGGAGAUAGCAGAGGUCAAAGUUACGCCGGUGGUGGUGUUGGUAAGCCGGUAGUUGUUCGCCGCUGUCGUCAAAGUCACGCCUGGUGGUGGUUUUGAAUAAUAUAUACACAUGUAUUUAGUUCUGUAUUUUAUAAUAAAUAUAUAUAUGUAUCUACAUCUUUAAUUUAAUAUAAUUUAUACUUAUUUAAUAAAUAAUUAUUGCAAAUUUUUUUUACAACUACUUAACGACCGUUAAUUUUACUACUAAAAACCGACUACACGUAGCAAUAACAAAGUAAUUCAUAAGCGAAAUCUAAUUUUGCGACUGAACUCUGAUAAUGUACUGUAGUCCCAUUUCAGUAGGGAAAUUACAAUUCAUUGAUGAUUACGACUCGUUGAUUUGCGACUACGUGUAUUAGUCGUAAAUCAGUUGCAAACGUAAGUUUGCGAUUGAUUAGCUAUUGAUCUUGUAGAAGAUCAUGUGAAUGACAUCCAAACGAUAAAUAAGGAAGAACUUCUAAAUACGAUGGAACAAGAUCUCAGUUUAAAACAAUACAUGGAAGGUGUUCUUGAUGAGAUUACAAACAACAUAUAGACUAGGCUCCGUUAAAUUUUAAUAUUUUAUAUUUUAUUUGAUAAAUUAUAAUCUUAUUUAAAAAUAAUAAAAAUAAAAUGUUGGUUAUAAUAAAAAAUAAAACGUAUUUGUUGCUAAAUUUUGACCGAUAAAUAUAAUGUAAAUAGAAAGAAAUAAGUAAUAUAUUGUGGAAAUGAAUGUGAAAUUAUAUAUUAUAACAGUCACAGCUCCUAAAGUUUUUGAUGUCAAUCAAGUUUUAAACUUUUUAAAAUAAUAAUAAUUGUUUUUAAAGCGAAAUUCUCUAUAGCCAUAUUUCUUACCAAUCGGACAAGUCCAUUAGAGCUGUUUUGACUUUGUAACGUUAGGAGAGAAUACAAGUUUUUUUUUGUAUGAUUCCACUGAGUGCAUUAUGUUUGUUGGUAACAUGUAUGUAGUGAAAGCGUUACGAGCUAAAUAAUAUUUAAGCACAACAAAACGUGAGCCGUGUGUUGUUUCUUCAAAAUGGUGACACUCAUGAAUUGAUGUUUAUGUUAUAGUUAAAAAAAAAUUCAACCUUAGUAGUAUAUCAUGGGCCAUUUAAUGUAUAAACUUAGAGAUUAGCAAUAACCGCUAGUGGGCAUCCUACGGCUUAGUGUUCCAUAGGCCCAUGGGCCACAAUCCCAUUCAUGUGAAUGCGAGAGGGAGCCGACCCGAGCCGUGUUUUUGUUGAUGACCGUUAAGAGCCAGAGGAUAGAUCCGUAAUUUCGAAUACAUUUGAAAUAAAUAAAAAACUAGCCGUUACUAAAGAAAGAGCCGCUUUAUUAAUCAAAUCAGCAUCUUUCCUCUGUACACUACAACUCUUAACGCCUCUCUCUAUCUCACUUCCAUGGCCUUAGAUCAAACCACGAAUCCACCAAUCAUGGAGUCAAAGACGAGACACCCUCUUCACCAAAUCGCAGACACGCCGACUCACAAGCUUCUCCUGAAACAAUGGCUGAAAGAAGAAGAACUCAUCCUCAACCGCGUCUCACACAAAGAGUCUCAGAUUGACUCCGUGCGACGAGAGAUCACUCAGCUCUACAUCUUCUUCUUCCUCUUCCACUCCAUCUCUCUCCUCCUUCUCUUCCACGCUUCCUCUUCCUCUUCUUUAUCAGCCUGUAAGAGAUCAUGGAUCCCUUCUCUUUGUUCCCUUGUCUCUUCUCUCGGACUCAUCUGGGCCGUGAGGUACAAGUCUGAAGUUGAGUCGCAUCUUGAGAAGUUGCUGGAGAGGGAGAAAGAAGACGCGAAGCUGUUGAGGAAGUGCGUUGAGGAGUUGAAGAAGAAAGGGUUAGAGUUUGAUUUGCUCAAGGAAGUGGAUGCUCUUCGUAGGGCGAAGAGCUUGAGGGUUGAGUCGAAGGUUGUGAAGAAAUGGUCCGCGAGAGAUUUCGUGACGCUCUUCUUCUUCUCUGUUUCAUGUUUGGUUCUUGCUAUGAUUAGGCUCAUUCUCUGCGAUUAGAUUCUUCUGUUUUUCUCUUUUGUUAUACUUUGCAGUACUAUUCAGCAGAAAGUCUCUUGUUUCUGCAAGUUUUAAUGUUUUUUUUUAGAGAUAAUAAAGAGUUAACCUCGUCAUUUUGUUUAUGCAA